UUUCUGGUUGGGGUACAUGGUAAUGCGUUUGCAGGUGGUGACACGUUCUAUGGUGGUGGAAAUAUGGUUCAGUACAGAUGAGGCGUACUGAUCCAAGUCUGUAUGGUGGAAAAUAGUCCAAUCUGUAUUCCUGAACCGGUCCUGGAGCACAGCGUCUGAGCCCUCUGGCCACACCUUUACUGUCCUCACGGUAGGUUUCACAUGUUGGAUGAGUGGUAAGUACCGAGGUGUGAGGAACAGGGAGAGAUGGUCUGAUUGUCCGAUGUUGGGGAGGGGUGUCACAUUGUAGGCUCCAGCCAGAUUGGAGUAGACAUGGCCCAGGGUCUUGUCUCCUCUGGUGUGGCAGGAGACAUGUUGAUGGACAUGAAGGUUGUGAAGGCCGUGAAGGCCAUGGCCAUGAAGGCCAUGAAGGUUGUGAAGGCCAUGGCCAUGAAGGUUGUGAAGGCCAUGAAGGCCACGAAGGCCGCUGCUUUCCUCUGUGCAAACAGGAGACGUUUAGUAUUCCUCCAGAUGUCGUCUCGCCUCAAACAGAAUGACUUGUCUCACCCUGUGGACUGCUCUUCACUGAUCUUUGUCACUGAAUCAGCAGCAGUUUUGCACAGAAGCGCCUCCACUUCCUCUCUGAUGCUUUUUAGCAGAGGCUCCACCGUCUUUUCUAUCUUUCACUGUUAGGACUCUUUCAGCUGCAGGCUCUCUUUGGAGAACGAAUCCACUUGUUUCUCCAUUUCUGUUAUUUUCUUCUUAAAGUCUUUGAGCUCCUUCGACUGGAGCAGAACCGACUUAGCAAUAGCCGCUAACGUAACACUGUGCUGCUUCAUUUGUAAGCCAAUUUCUUCUAUGCGGUCAUCUGCUUCCUUCUGCCCCCAGGAACUUACAGCUUUAACAUCGCCUCAGUGUUUAUUUCUUCCUGAGACCUUCGCUUUUCUUUCGGUCGGGAUUCUGGCUUCUCUCCAGUUUGCUAGCUGCCUUUGUUUGCUAGCCGUAGCUGCCUUUGUUUGCUAGCCGUAGCUGCCUCCGUUUGGUAGCCGUAGCUGCCUUUGUUAGCUAGCCGUAGCUGCCUCCGUUUGCUAGCCGUAGCUGCCUCCACAGCCACAGUGAAGUUGCUCCCGGAGCUUUUAGGAUGCAGAGUUUUGACCACAGGUGGUGUAAACUUCUGACCUGUGAGUCCUGAAAUCUCCCAUGAUGCUCCUCUGCAGCAUGACGGUCCAGCUGUGGUGCCUGUCGUUCCGGCAGCCGUACGCCGGUCUGGUUCUGGACGGGGUGAAGACCGUGGAGAGCCGCUGGCGCCCCCUGCUGGCGCCGCUGGAGAACCGCACCUUGGCGGUCCACAUCGCCCGGCGGGACUGGGAGGGGGAGGAGUGGAGGGCGGUGUUGGGCGGAGCCUGGGGGCUGAGCGCCGCCGGCGUCCAGGAGCUGCUGGAGUCUGGGGAACGCUUCGGCCGCGGCGUGGUGGCAGGCCUGGUGGAUGUGGGCGGGACCUGGCAGUGCCCCACCUCCCUGCCAGAGGCGGAGUUAGCAGAGCUGCAGCGGUCGGCCGUUCUGAUUGGUCUAGAGCAGAAGCACCUGACCCGGCUGUCCAAUCCCCGCUGGCUGAAGGGGCCCCUAAAGACCCCUGGGGGUCGCGACCUCUGGACCCUGGAGAUUCCCGCGGAGCUGUUGCCAUGACAACGCUGGCAGUAACUCGCUAGUAACAUCAGGGUCACCAUUGAUCUCCAUGGCAACAGAAAUCUGCUGAGACCCGGCUUCCUGUGUAAGCUCCGACCCUGACCAGUCGGACCGGAACCAGACAGACGGGUUCCGGUCCGACGUCAGCUUCCAUCAUGUUUGUAAAUAUUCUGUGUUCAUUUUUGUAAUCAAUAAAUUUCUACUGGUUGAAAAUA